UAGGGAGAGAGGAGGCGGGGCGGAGUUGUAAAAGAGCGAAAGUCGCCGUGGGGAGAAGAGCGAGGAGUGGCGGAGAGGCAAAAUGUCGGAGAGAAAAGUGUUAAAUAAAUACUACCCUCCGGACUUUGAUCCGUCGAAAAUCCCGAAGCUCAAACUCCCUAAGGACAGGCAAUAUGUGGUCCGGUUGAUGGCCCCUUUCAACAUGAGGUGCAAGACGUGUGGCGAAUACAUCUACAAGGGGAAGAAGUUCAAUGCCCGGAAGGAGACGGUCCAAAACGAGUCGUACCUGGGGCUCCCCAUCUUCCGUUUUUACAUCAAAUGCACCCGCUGCCUUGCAGAGAUCACCUUCAAAACAGACCCUGAGAACACGGACUAUGCCAUGGAGCAUGGGGCCACCCGGAACUUCCAGGCCGAGAAGCUGCUGGAAGAGGAAGAGAAGCGCUUGCAGAAAGAGCGAGAAGACGAAGAGCUCAACAAUCCCAUGAAGGUUUUGGAGAACAGGACCAAAGAUUCCAAGCUGGAGAUGGAAGUCCUGGAGAACCUUCAGGAGCUGAAGGAGCUCAACCAGCGCCAGGCUGAUGUGGAUUUUGAAGCCAUGCUCCAGCAGUACAAGGACAGUGAAGAGCGGCGGAAACAGUGGGAGGCCGAGGAGGACGAACUGGAAAUGAAAGAGAUGCUGGAGCAAGCACAGAGCAGGCGGUUGCUGGAAGACUCUGAUUCAGACGAGGACCGGGCUCCAGUGCCUGCCAAACCACUGACGAAAGCAAAGCCAACAGAUAUCUUACAGGAGAACCCUGAGCCUCCAUUGAAGAGGCAGAAGGUAGAAACCUGGGAGAGGAGUGUGGGCAACCUGUCCCACAAAGCCCAAUUGUCGGGAAUGGUGGCCCCAAAGAAGAAGACUAAUGGAUCCGCAAGCCAGGAUGCGUCUUCAGGGUGCAGGACAGGAGCGACCACAGCAUCUUCUGGUCCUUCAUCUCUCAGCCUCUUGGGCACCUACUCCGACAGUGAAGACAGCCAAAGCGAGUGAUCACCUCUGGAUUGUGGACAUCCUUUUUGGGUGGAAUUUUCCUUUUGCAGAACGAUCAUUGGCCCUCCUCAGAUGUCCAAGUGGUUGUCCACCAUGUUGUUUCAAGGUUCACAGAAAACCAGCUUUUGCUUUCACAUCCUGGGCAGACAAGAACACUAAUAGUUCUUUGGGGUGCGCGUGUGUGAUAAUAAUAACUCAUUUUGGGGGAGCUCAGGAGCAAAUCUGGACCCAUGAUGCAAUGUGGGUGGCAAUCCCUUGGCAAGAGAGGACCAGUUUUUACCCCAUUCCCCCCUCUGCUCUGCCUCCCUUGUCCUACUUAUAGACUUCCUUUCUUUCCUGAGGCACAGGUUCUAGAAAUUGUUAGAUUUUAGAAUCUCUCUCUUGUGAGGUUUAUCAGAAUUAGACUUAUAGGGAAGUGUAGGAUAGGCAUUGUAUUCCAAUUUCAUAUACUACUGGCAUUUCUGGAACCAGUAAAUGCAAAGCACACAUUUCCCAAAGCUACUCUUGAGUUCAUUUAUCUGGUGGAGGGGAGAUACUGGGAUUUGCAGUCAAAAACUCAGCAUUCCUUCAAGUGAGAAUGGGAAAAAAAUGUGGGCCUCUUGAUAUGGAGAACCGGUGGAUAUUUUCCAUCCAACGUGAGGGCCUAUGGCAUCCAAGAUGGGAACAGUCUAGAUGCUCCCAGGCAUCUCCCGUAAGAGUGUUUGGACCCCAGGAAUCACUGCCGACACUUUGGACCCCCAAAUAACCCUUUUGUAGUGCUCUCGGGCACAAACAAGUGUAUAACAUGGAAAUAAUUUAUUAAACAGAAGCUCGCCAUAA